AUGAUUGCCGCCCAAUUGGGCAAGUGUUCCAUCAACGUUGACGUGGUUUCAGAGCCCAACGAUGAAGGUGGUUGGAUGGUCUUCGAGAUUACAGCGACGGGCUUCGGCUCCGGAGACAUGUUCCUUCACUGGGGCGUUGGGAAACAGAGCGCUGAAGAAUGGAUCGUCCCGGUGGAGAUCCAAGCGCGAACGCAGCCAGCCGCCGCUCGUGUCCCAGGUGCGCUACAGACAGCUUUUCCCGCGCCUGAUGGGCAGAAUGUGCGAAAGGUUCGCUUGGAAAUCAACACCGAUGCAAAUCUGAAAGGCUGCCAAUUUGUUCUUCACAAGAAGCCAAACGAGUGGCUGAAGAAUGGCGCAACGAAUUUUCUCAUUGACUUCUCGAAGGUGGCUGAGAGCCGCUCCUUUCGCAACUUGGUGGCGGCAGCAUCGGGCGAAGCCUCAGCCAAGGUCUCCUGCUACAGCUCCAGUGGGGUGGAAGUGGCGAUCAUUGCAGCAGCCAAGGGAGGAAGCUGCGAGGUCCAGGCCAUUGUCCGAACAGAACGAGAUUUGGUGCUUCAAUAUGGUCCAGCGGGAAAAGACCAUCGCUGGACAUCCUCCAGCAGGUUGAACCUCGAAAAGGCUCCUGGUGGCGUGUCGAAGGGCCUCAUCAAGAUCGAUGGACAAAACCUCAACAAGUACUUGAUGUUUGUCUUGCACGAUCCCUCAGUGAAUCAAUGGUUGAAGGAUGCAGGGCGCGACUUUGCUUUUGAGCUCCCCGAAGAGCUCUGCAAAGUAAAACCACCAGAAGCUCCAAAGGAAAGCUUCGAACCGGCGCCACGGUUGCAACGACGAGCUUCAAAGCUCUUCAGUACCUUUGUGGAAGAAGUGCAGAGAGCCGAGCCGGAUGCAAAGACCACCAGUUGGCAGGUGCCUGGAACCAACAUCGAGGUGGUUCUCUUGGCCACUUCCGUCGAGGAGGAGUGCCAGUUGCACGUCUUGGUCCACUGCUCCACCGAGCUGGUUAUUCAGUAUGGUCCUGCAGGCAAGGAUCGGGCCUGGAAGUCCUCCAAGCGAGCACCGUUGGUGCGCUCUGGCACGGACAAGUUUGAGGUCUCCUUUACUAUUCCAGCUGCUGAAGUGGAUACCUACAUCAUGUUUGUUCUGCACGAUGGAGCUGCCAACAGGUGGAUUAAACAUGGACCCCAUGAUUUCGAGUUUGAGCUCCCUCGACACGAGGAGUGGGACCGCGCGAGAAGGGAAGCAGAAGCUCGAAGUGAGGAAGAAGCAAGACAAGCAGAUGCAGUGAAGAACCAAUUUCUGGAGGGGCGGCGGCAACGAGAGGCGAGAGCGGAUAUCUCCUUUACCUCCUUCGCCUUGCAGGGCGACUUUGGCACCAUGGACGUUGCCUGCAUCAGUGAAGGCGAGCACAAGGCGAAGGUGGAGAUCCGCGCCUGGUUGAAUCCUCGUCUGGGCGAAUGCUUGCUGCACUUUGGAGUUUUCGAGAAGCCACAGAGUCGACAGUGGACCUCCGCAACACACAUCAAGAGCGUUCAGUGGCCUGCAGAUUUGACCAAAGUGGAUGAGAAGGCUUGCCGAAUGAAGCUGCAGAAAAUGGAGGGAGGCAUCCAUGGAAUUGACCUGGCCGUUACGGCACAUGCUGAGAAGGAAGACUCUGAAACGCUGAUUGAGCCAGAUAUUGGUGGUUUUGGUUUCGUCUUGAAGACCAUGCACGGAGAUACGUGGAUCAAGCCCACAGAUGGAGGGGAUGCUACCGUGCGCUUCUCCAGCAAAGGUCGCUGGAAAGGACCCUGGGCUCAGGUGGCGGACAAAAUCGUGGAACAGGAGACCACCUGGAACCAAAUGUCCCUGAAGAGGAGAUACGAGAACUGCUUGGAUUUCCUGGAUCAAUGGGAGAAGAACUCGCAGGGGCUUCAGAUGCGACGGUUGGCGUCCUGGACCACUUUGGUGCAGGUGGACUCCAGCAAGGCGGUGUGGUCGCGAAUGCCCUCGAUGCCAUUGAUUGAGAUGUCAAAUGAAGAGGAGACCAACGAAGAGUUCUGGAGUUGGAUCUUCGUCUGGCAGCGCUUUUCCUUCCAGCAGCUCCUGACCUGGGAACGCAACACCUGCACGCAGCCGCGGAUGUUGGCGGCCACCACCAACCAGAUCACGCAACGCCUAGCCGAACUCUGGAAGUCUACGGCCAGCUGUCGCUUGUGGAUACGCUGGACCCUAUCCACCAUGGGACGUGGAGGCUCUGCGGGGCAGCAGAUCCGCGAUGAAAUCCUGGUGAUUAUGCACGCGCACAACAUCAAGGAGAUCCAUGGGACCUACUAUGAACAGUGGCAUCAGAAGUUACACAACAACACCACCCCUGCAGACAUCGGCAUUUGCCGAGCCAUCAUUGCGUACCUGCGCGGUGGUGGUGACAUGGGCUCUUACUGGAGAGUGCUUGGAGAGCAUGGCAUCACCAAGGAACAUCUGACUUCCUACAGUCGACCCAUUACCACCGAACCCUACAUGGUUCAAACCGAUGUGGGACGCCUCAUCAACGACUUCGAGAGGUAUUUGGCGAUCCUGCGCAACGUCCACGACGCCUUGGACCUGCAGUUGGCCUUGGACCAUGCGAAGGGCUGCCUGCCGGGCCAUGUGCAAGGAAAACUUCAGGACAUCUGCAACAUGGGCGGAACUGGUUUCAACAACCUGGAUGAAGGCCAUGGCAAGUUCAUGAAGAUCUCAUCGGGACGUGAUGAGUUGCUGGCUAUCCUCAACAACAAGGGGACGGACCCCUCGGUGAUCAAACAACUGCUUGUCAUCGACUACACCUUGGAGACGCAACAGAGUGUUUUGGUCCAGGGCUUAACCUCCGAGACGCGUUUGCCGCAGCUCUGCGGACAGCUGCGGGCCUUGUUGACGGCAUUGGUGGGACACCUGCCACAGGAGGAUGAGUUGCAAGCGUUGCUGGCGGAUUGGACCACCUUUUCCGACAGCUGCUCGCAGAAACGCUGGAAUUCCCCUGAGGAGAGCGCCUUGCUGCUGAAGGCCUUGUGCGAUCGCACCAGUCGUGUGGUGGGGGAGUUGAGUGACAAGUGCCAGACCAUGAUGGGCUGGCGCCUAAGUCCGAAGGCCGCUUUCCUGGGAACCGCCAUUGAUGCACCCAAGAAGAACAUUGAUGUCUUUGUGGACGAGGUUCUUCGCGGCACCUCGCUGAUGGCCGUGAGUUUGAUCCUGCAGCGUAUGGAACCGGUGCUGCGCGACCUCGCACAUUUGCCGCCAUGGCAAAUGAUCUCUCCCAUCGACAAGCCUAUCAAGGGCGUCUUACAACUCAUCGACAAGAUGACUGGAGUGCAAGGAGAAGUCUUCCAUACGCCAACGAUUCUCCUCAGUGGUGCUGUGAGUGGAGAAGAAGAGGUGCCAGAUGGCGUUCUUGGUGUUCUGGUUCGCAGCGCAAAGGAAGCACCCGAUAUCCUGUCACACUGCGCCGUGCGCGCUCGAAACUUUGGCGUCUUGCUGUGUACAUGUUUUGACCCCAAGAUCUCUGAGAAAUUGGCUGCUGACUUUGCGAACCAAUGGGUGGAAGUGAGGUGUAAGGCCGACGGCAGCUUAACGGUGACGGCCUGCGAAAAGCCCGCCUCGCUCGAAGCGGAACAGGCUGCGGCCGAGGCGGAGCAUGCCAAGGUGUACCUAACAUCUGUUUACAGGUGCUUUCAUUUGGGCUUGGUCUUCGCUGAUCGAUUUUCUCAGCGUAUUUCCUCCCCUAUUUGGAUCACUGCCAAUUUCAACUUUGAUAUUCAAUUUGAUUUUGUGAGGCGCUUUCGACGCCAGCGCAGUGCCGCCAGGCGAGCCUGGUUUCUGCAUCGAACAGGUGUAGUUACACUGGACCAAAUCGGCCUGAAGAAGUUGGUGAAGCGGCUUGCCAGCCACCAUUCGCGAGACUUCCAGUUUUUGAAACACAUCAAGAAGCACGUCAAGAUGUCACAAGAACUUUGGCCGUGGAAGUGCUCGAAUUGCCAAAGGAUCAACAAAAAGACAGCAGUGGAAUGUGCACUUUGCCGUUCUCACUGGUCAUCAGGCACGCGUCAUCGAACUCAACCCCAGCAGCAGACGUACAGCGAUCAUGCAUGGGAAGUUUGGGAAGCCGAAGACGCAGCCUGGAAUCGACAGAGGGCUCAAUCCAGAUCCCAAUCGAGGUCAUUCAGCCCGAGAAGUCGCACGAAGGGAAAAGGAGGAAAGAGCAAAGCCAAGGGCAAAAAGACCAAGAGUGGAGAAGGAAAGAAUCCACCAGCGGACAAACCACAGCCAUCUCCUUUUGCGCCAUUAGCGGCGGAAAUGCCACCAUGGCCAUCGCAAGAAGGGGCAACGGCCAGCCUGCUGCCGGCUUUGCCAACUGCACCGACUGGAGUUCCAAACCAGGAAGUGGCAGCCAUGCUCAGAAGUGCGUACUCAGAGAGCAACCCGAUGCCGCAAGAUGUGAAAGAGUACAUAGAAAAAUUAGAGAAAGAGACUGCCAAGACGGUCACAAAGACGCUGCAUUCAGCUACCACAGCAAUGGGCAAGGCGCAGAAGACCCUUGCAGAAACUCUGGAGGCAAAGAAGCAGCACAAGGCUCGUUGGACUGCACAUAUCACGGAGGCCAUCAAAACAUGGCAAUCCCAAUUGCAGGAUUACCGCAAGCAACAGAAUACUCUACAAGAAGUUGCGAACAAAGCCAAAGCAGACAUCGAGCAGUACAAAACCAGCAUUCAGCAGCUGACCACCACUGUACCAGGAGCCUCAUUGGCAGCCAUGCCUUCGAUGCCUAUGGCAGCAGAAGUGGAAGAUGCCAAUCAGGAAGUGGACAAUGUGGACGAGAAGUUGCAGAUGCGAUUGCAAUCGGUUCUCAGAUCCUGUGCCGAGUCAUUAGGUCUAGAGUUGCCGACUGUACCAGAAGAAUUGGAUGUGAUGGAAGAUCUCACCAAAGAAGACGAGGAGGAAAACGCGCGGAAACGACCGCGAUCGUUAGAGCCCUUUGGGGGAUCACGGCCCACUGGUUCGCUUCCGGACAGCAAGAUGUCGUGA